CGUCACCGGUGAUCACCGGAGCUCGAGCGUAGCCUGUCACCCAGACAGCCCGCUGCUAUUUCAUCCGUCCUGUCCUGCUGCAGGAAGAAACACCGACAAAGCUGGGAAGCUGGACCAGUGCUACACACAUACAACCGCAUGAGGAGCAUAAAACUUUUUACUGUCACCGUGAACGUAAAUUUAACUGCUUGAAGGAUUUCACUUAGUUGUGUGCCUGUGCUGACUGGAGGUAAAUCAUGGAGGAUGGGAAGCCAGUGUGGGCGCCCCACCCCACUGACGGGUUCCAGCUGGGCACGAUCACUGACAUAGGAGCCGACACACUCACCAUAGAACCGCUAAACCAAAAGGGCAAGAUUUUUCUCGCUCCGAUGAACCAAGUCUUCCCUGCUGAGGAUGAUGUCAACAAGCAUGUAGAUGACAACUGUUCCUUAAUGUACUUGAAUGAAGCCACUCUCCUCAACAAUGUUAGAGUGCGGUACAGUAAAGACCACAUCUAUACAUAUGUGGCAAAUAUCUUGAUAGCUGUUAAUCCAUACUUUGACAUUCCAAAACUGUACGGCCCAGAUGCCAUCAAGUCAUACCAAGGGAAGUCACUGGGCACCCUGCCACCUCACGUCUAUGCUAUAGCGGACAAAACCUACAGGGACAUGAAGGUUUUGAAGAUGAGCCAGUCCAUCAUAGUUUCAGGUGAAUCUGGUGCAGGAAAGACUGAAAACACCAAGUUUGUUCUCAGAUAUCUGACCACAUCAUAUGGAAGCGGUCAAGACAUUGAUGAGAGAAUUGUUGAAGCAAACCCCCUUCUUGAGGCCUUUGGAAAUGCAAAAACAGUCCGAAACAAUAACAGCAGUCGCUUUGGGAAGUUUGUAGAAAUCCACUUCAACAGCAAGAACGCAGUUGUGGGUGGAUUCGUCUCACAUUACUUGUUGGAGAAGUCAAGGAUUUGCAUGCAAAGUAAUGAAGAGAGGAACUACCACAUCUUCUACAGACUAUGUGCGGGAGCAUCUGAAGACCUAAAGAAGAAAUUACACCUUGACUCUCCAGACAAUUUCAGGUACCUGAACCGAGGAUGCACCAGAUAUUUUGCCAGUAAGGACUCCGACAAACAAAUCAUGCAGAAUCGUAAGAGUCCUGAGGACAAUAAGCACGUAAAGACGGGCGCUCUAAAGGACCCUCUUCUGGAUGACCACGGUGACUUUAACAGGAUGUGUGAGGCCAUGAAAAAGAUUGGUCUGAACGACACAGAGAAGCUGGACCUGUUCAGGGUUGUCGCUGGUGUCCUGCAUCUGGGCAACAUUGAUUUUGAGGAAACAGGCAGCUCUUCGGGUGGUUGUGUCCUAAAGAAUCAGUGCAACGACUCUCUUCAGUACUGUGCUGAUUUGUUGGGGCUGGAUCAGGAUGACCUACGCGUCAGCCUCACAACCAGGGUGAUGCUCACUACAGCAGGGGGCGCCAAAGGAACAGUUAUCAAGGUGCCUCUAAAGGUGGAGCAAGCAAACAAUGCCCGCGAUGCCCUGGCCAAGGCUGUGUACAGCCGCCUCUUCGAUCACGUGGUCAAACGAGUGAACCAGUGCUUCCCCUUCGAGACCUCCUCCAACUUUAUUGGAGUGUUGGACAUUGCUGGGUUUGAGUAUUUUGAGCAUAACAGCUUUGAGCAGUUCUGUAUCAAUUACUGCAAUGAGAAACUGCAACAGUUCUUCAACGAACGUAUUCUCAAGGAGGAGCAAGAGCUCUAUCAAAAGGAAGGGCUGGGUGUGAAUGAGGUGCAUUAUGUUGACAACCAGGACUGCAUAGAUCUAGUGGAAGCAAAGCUGACGGGAAUCCUGGACAUUUUGGAUGAAGAGAACCGUCUUCCGCAAGCCAGUGACCAACACUUUGCACAGGCUGUUCACAGCAAGCAUAAAGACCACUUCAGACUCACGGUUCCCAGAAAGUCAAAGCUGACCGUUCACAGGACUCUCCGAGAUGACGAAGGCUUUAUCAUCAGACACUUUGCUGGAGCAGUCUGCUAUGAAACAAUUCGGUUUGUGGAGAAGAAUAAUGAUGCCCUCCACAUGUCCUUGGAAAGCUUAGUUUGUGAAUCAAAAGACAAAUUUGUUCGAGAGCUGUUUGAGAACUCCAAUACCUCCAAGGACUCCAAACAGAAGGCGGGGAAGCUCAGCUUCAUCAGCGUUGGGAAUAAGUUCAAGACCCAACUGAACCUGCUGCUGGAGAAACUUCGUAGUACUGGUUCAAGUUUCAUCCGCUGUGUAAAACCCAAUCUGAAGAUGGUCAGCCACCAGUUUGAAGGAGCUCUUAUUCUCUCCCAGCUGCAAUGCUCAGGAAUGGUGUCGGUGUUGGACCUGAUGCAGGGGGGCUUCCCCUCCAGGGCUCCUUUCCAUGAGCUUUACAACAUGUAUAAGCAGUAUAUGCCGGAUAAGCUUACACGGCUGAAUCCUCGGCUUUUCUGCAAGGCUUUGUUCAAAGCUCUAGGAUUGAAUGAUAAGGACUUCAAGUUUGGACUGACACGGGUGUUCUUCCGCCCUGGAAAGUUUGCCGAGUUCGACCAGAUCAUGAAGUCCGAUCCAGACCACCUCGCAGAGCUGCUGAAGAAAGUCAACAAGUGGCUGUUGUGCAGCCUCUGGAAGAAGGUCCAGUGGUGCUGCUUGUCUGUCAUCAAACUUAAGAACAAGAUGAGUUACAGAGCUGUGGCCUGCAUCAAGAUUCAAAAGACUGUCCGCAUGUGGUUGUCUAAGAAGAAGCAUAAGCCACGAAUCGAUGGUAUGGUGAAGGUUCGAAGCCUGAAGAAACACAUGGAAAGGUUCAAUGAGGUGGUGAACGGGCUGAAGGAGGGAAAACAGGAGAUGGCCAAGCAAGUUCAGGAGCUGGCUGCCGCCAUAGAUGCUCUGUUAGCGAAGAUAAAGACCACAGUGAUGACCAGGAAGGAGAUCGACACGGAGUAUCAGGGACUGGUGAAACGUUCAGAGCAGCUGCUUGCUUCCAUGCAAAAGAAGAAGCAGGAGGAAGAGGAGAGAGAGAGGCUGAAAUGCAUCGAGGAGGAGAUGGAGAAAGAGAGAAAGAGCAGGGAGCAGGAAGAGCAGCGACGCAAACAGGAGGAAGAAGAGAGACGACUGAAAGCAGAGAUGGAGCUGAAAAGAAAACAAGAGGAGGAGGACAGAAAAAAGAGAGAGGAAGAGGACAAGGCUAUGCAGGCCGAGCUUGAAAUCCAAUUGGCUCAGGAACGUGAGGAGCAGGCCCAACGUGCUGCCGUACUCGAGCAGGAGAGAAGAGACAGGGAGUUAGCCAUGAGAAUCGCUCAGAAUGAGGCCGAGCUCAUAACUGAUGAAAGCCAGAUGGAUGCAGCCCUUCGCAGAGGUCCUCAGGUGCAGGCAACCAAAGCUGCUGCUGGUGUGAAAAAGUACGACCUUAGCAAGUGGAAGUAUGCUGAGUUGCGAGAUGUCAUCAACACAUCCUGUGACAUUGACCUGCUGGCAGCCUGCAGAGAGGAGUUUCACCGUCGUCUGAAGGUCUAUCAUGCAUGGAAGUCCAAGAACAAGAAACAAAAUGAUGACGGGAGCGAUCUGAGGGCUCCUAAAUGUGUCACUGACUAUGCUGAACAGAACCCAGCUCCUCCGAUGACGGCCCAGCAUCAAGAGGUAGCCAUGAACCGGCAGCAGCGUUAUUUCCGCAUUCCUUUUAUCCGACCCGCUGACCAGUACAAGGAUCCCCAGAAUAAAAAGAAGGGCUGGUGGUAUGCCCACUUUGAUGGGCCCUGGAUAGCCAGACAAAUGGAGCUUCAUCCAGACAAACGACCCAUCGUGCUGGUCGCAGGCAAAGACGACAUGGAGAUGUGCGAGCUGAGCCUGGAGGAGACCGGUUUGACCCGGAAGAGAGGGGCGGAGAUCCUGCCCAGGCAGUUUGAAGAAAUCUGGGAACGCUGUGAUGGAAUUCAGUACUUGAAGAAAGCCAUUGAGAACAAGCAGGCCCGCCCUACAUACGCUACCGCCAUGCUUCAGAACCUCCUCAAGUGAACCGCAACACACAAGAUAAGGGAAAAGUCAAAAGUUUGGUCUACGCCAUGAGACACAACACAACACUACACAGAGACAAAUAUAAAAGAUGCACAGUCAGGUUGCAGAACACUGCACCCACAGUAACCACAGACAAAGAUGCCCUAUACACACUCUUUCUGUAGACAAUUUAUGAUUUACUUUAUGCUGAUUAUUUUUAGAUUUUUAACAUUUCUUUACAGCUUGCGAUAGAACAUCUCAGUGAUGUAGCAUUAUGACUUGUGGAGGGUUUUCUCAAUCGAUGUUUGAAUAGAAUAUCCGACCGUGAGGCCUUAUAUUGCAAUAACAUUACAUCACAGAAGCCUUAAUUGGUGCAUAGCCUUUUUAGCUAUAAACCCAAAACCUUAAUGGUCUGCAAAAGCAACAAUAUAUUAGACAGAAUCAUGAAAACCUCAGCAGACAUGCUUUUAAGGGUCUAUAACUGUCUUCUAAUUCUUUAUGGGUUUUCUGAAUAUUACAACCAUAAUUGCCAUUUAGUGUCUAUAAAUAGCUGCGAUGUGGCUAUGAAUAAUUGCCCAUGCACUAGCGGCUCGUAUGAGAUGACAGUAAUGAAAAACACCACAUUUAUUUGUCAGAUUUGCCUAAAGUACUUAAAGGUGACAAUCAUGAAUACAAGGCCAUACAACCAAGAGUCAAAUUAAAUUCACUUUGUAUAGAUUAUGUGCAUCUAAUGUAAUAAUGUGAAAUAUCACAGGUCAAAUAUAGAAGACUGUAAUGUUAUAAGUCAUAUUCACAACUGCUCACAACACAGCCUAAUGAAGUAGGAUAUAUUUUUCUGGCAGAAUAACAAUAAGUUGAUUUAAUUAUUCAUUAACAAGCUCUGACAACUCAACGGAAUUUCAUGAAAAAAGGAAACUUCUUUUGUACUGUUGCUCAUUUGUUAUCUGAGAGGGAAUUGUUUUCAUGUUUGCAGUUUUCUGGGUUUGGGGUUGUUUUACAGACAGUCACUUGUGUGCGUGUGUGUGUGCUGUGUGUGUUUAUGUAGUAUUUUCUUAAGUUGAUUACUUGACUCCUCAGUUGGUUAUGCCAGGAAUGUUUCAGUCAUCUUAUUCAAGCGUCAAUCUUUGUUUAAAAUGUAGUAGUCAAGAGUAAUGUAACUAUUGAAUCACUCUUAUGUGUUUUUCUUUGGUUUUCUCUUGUAUGUUGGCCUUGAAACUGGAAGAUUGUAGAAAAUAAACAUAUUCCUGGA